AUGGCCGCGGCAAGUUUGACGCAGGGCGAUGAUGCAGAUCUAGCUCAUAUCAUCCAGCUGCAACUGGAGGAAGUUGAGCAGGCCAUACGCGCUGCCGCAGGCAAAGGGAAGCAGCCAGCGGGAUCACAAACUGACCAACAACUCUCCCUGGACCUUUUCCUGAGGGAAUUGCAGGACACCCAAAAUUUUGCUGCGGACUGCCGAAUGGCUAGGAGCAUGCAGCGGGCAGUUUUGGAUGACGGAGAUGCUCUGGCGCAAUCACAGAGUGAAGAACGAGCUGCCGAGGACCAAAAGGCCUCGGUUUCUUUGGGCAACGGAGAAAUCGAGCCUUCAAGAGCAGCAUCCAGUCCUGAAUCCCUGGCCGAAGAUGAUGAAUUCCUUCAAAAGCUGGCAUGCAUUUAUAUCACAGGAAUCGACCAUGGCAAGAAUGACGACGGCAAAUACGCAGAUGACGAGACCGAGACCGAGACCGAGACCGACCAUCAGCCAGAGAGCUCUGCCUGGGCUAUUCGGCGUCGGCAAAAAAGAAGACGCAGGCAGCAGUGCGAAGCCUGCACAGAGCCAAAGCAUUUUGCCGAGCUGGCUGCAGCCCCAUGCGGACACAAAUACUGUCGGCAGUGCCUGACACACCUGUUCCACGACGCCAUGAUCGACGAAUCCUUGUUCCCGCCUCGAUGCUGUAAGCAGCCCAUACCUUUGGAGAAGAAUCGGCUUUUCCUCGACGCAGUGGUGGUCCAGCAAUUCCGCAACAAAGCCCUCGAGUUUUCCACGCCUCGCCGAACGUAUUGCUACAAUCCUGGAUGCGCAACUUUCAUUCCGCCGGCCAACCACAAGAACGAUGUAGCCGCUUGCGACGGGUGCGGCUGCCAUACCUGCAUUACAUGCAAAAAAGCCUCGCAUCGUGGCGACUGCCCGGACGACGAACAACUCGGACAGACUCUGCAGUUGGCGAGAGAGCGAGGCUGGCAACGGUGCCAGAAUUGCUGGGGCAUGGUUGAACUCAACACGGGAUGCAAUCACAUGACUUGCCGGUGCGGGUUUCAGUUCUGCUAUGUUUGCGGUGCACGUUGGAAGACUUGCGGUUGCGCGCAGUGGGAAGAGCGCAGGCUGUAUGAGCGUGCGGUUCAAAUCGAUGCGCGCGAUCGAGAGCCUGAAGACCAUGUCCGUGAAGAAGUCGCCCCCGAAAUGGGCGAACCAUUAGGACACGGUCGGCAGGUACGGCUCCAGACGCUGAUGCAGAACCUCAGGAGGAACCACGAAUGCGAACACGAGCAUUGGUUCAAUCGAGGAGGUCCUCGUGAAUGCGAAGAAUGUCAUGAUGUGUUGCCCAUCUUCAUUUACGAAUGUCGGCAGUGUCACAUCAUGGCUUGCCGCCGCUGCAGAUACCACCGUCUGUAA